UGGGCAGCUUUUCAUUUGAUAGCCUAUUAGACAGUGAGCUUUUCAUGAUACCACACAUGUUACGCAACAACAGUGGUAGCCUAAUAUAGUUUUGAAGCGAUAAUGCCAAGCAUGCUUGACUGGUUGCCCAUCGCGUUUCCUCUUGACCACAUGAUGACCUGAAGAGCCCAAGUUAAAGGUAUCAAAACGUAUCAAGAUUAUCCAAAAACCGUUGAAGACAAACUGUCAGGCCUUUAUUUAGUUUUCGUUCAUCCUGAUCAUUUUGUUGCGCAAGAUUACAUGCAGCUCUCCCGUGUGGAAGUGCAAACGCGAGAGCAUCUGUCCCUUUAAGAUCAUCUCUCAGCAUCCUCCUCCGCUGUCAGGGACGCGCGCGCACGUACAGCAGUCCAAUAUAGGAGAAUCCAGUCUAGCUUUCUACACACACACACAUAUCAUCUUAUAGAUAUUCCAGCAUUGCGUUUACUAUCAUUAUUUCAUCACUGGACAUUGAUGUAUUUACCCCAAAGGUCGCCGUAGCGGUCCAGCAGAUCGUUAGUGCUUUUAUUUCCCUUCUCCCUCGCGCCCAGAGAACCGAUCUACGCUACAAGAUGGCUGAGCUGAAUUUAGGAAAGGGGUUGACCGCCGGGAAAGUGGCCAGCAACGUUCAGAAAAAGCUGACGAGAGCCCAGGAGAAGGUUCUACAGAAGCUGGGUAAAGCAGAUGAGACCAAAGAUGUUGCCUUUGAGGAAGGAGUAAUCAACUUCAACAAACAAUAUACUGAAGGCAGCAAACUUCAGAGGGACCUGAGAGCAUAUCUUGAGGCAGUCAAAGCCAUGCACGAGUCCUCCAAGAACGUGCAAUCAUGUCUAGCUGACAUGUAUGAACCAGAAUGGUACGGCAAAAAUGAGGUGGAUUCCAUUGUGGAGGACUGUGAUGUGCUAUGGACUGAUUACCAUCAAAAGUUGGUGGACCAUGCUCUAAUCUCCAUGGAUACUUACCUGGGCCAGUUCCCUGAUAUCAAGGCCCGUAUUGCCAAGAGGGACAGGAAGCUGGUCGAUUUUGACAGUGCCAGACAUAACUAUGCUGCUACACACAAGUCCAAAAAAAAGGACGGGGGGAUUAAAAUUACGAAGCCUUCCUCCUUGUUGGAGAGGGCCACUCCAGGCUGGGCUCAAGGAAUCCUGUCUGCACACAAUGUUGCCCAGAGCAGCCUUUCCAGGAGCCAGGCGGAGGAGGAAUUUGAAAAAGCCCAAAAGGUGUUUGAGGAGAUAAAUUUGGACUUGCAAGAGGAGUUACCUUCUCUCUGGAACAGUCGUGUUGGGUUUUACGUCAGCACGUUCCAGAGUUUGGCUGGUUUUGAGGAGAAGUUUCACAAGGAAAUGAGUCGGCUGGAUCAGGAUUUAUAUGAUGUCUUGGAGAAACUAGAGACUACAGACACAAGCGGAAAGACAGGUAACCGUGGCGCUUCAUCAUCAGGAGCAAACAGGAGUGAAAAAGAGGCAACUAACCACACUCUCAGACCAGGAGGACCACCUCCGAUCCCUAAAUCCCCAUCUAAGUUAAGACCAGCAGUGCCUCCUCCACCAAAGGUGACCCCAUCAAAGGAGUUGAAAACAGAGAACAUCAUCAACCUGUUUGAUGCUGCAGCGGCUCCUGACAUCAGCGUCACCUCCCCCACAGAGCCUGCAAACUGGGACUCUUGGCAUGAGGAUGGUGGUGACCAGGAAGAAGAAACCAAGCAGCACUUUGAUCCUGUUGCUGCCGCCACAGAGGCCUGGGGAGACGACGGUACAAACCCCGUCCACUAUGACCCCAUAGCAGCCGCCUCAGAGGGCUGGGGGGAUGACGGAACCCUGCCGGUUCGCUAUGAUCCUGUGGCUGCUGCCCAGGACGAAUGGGGGGAUGGUGAGAGCCAGCCGGCUCAUUCCGAUCCAGUGGCUGAGGCCCAGGAAGGCUGGACAGAUGACAAAGAGCAAUCGGUUUCAGAGGUGCCUGCCACAGAGGUGCCUGCCACAGAGGUGCCUGCCACAGAGGUACCUGCCACAGAGGUACCUGCCACAGAGGUACCUGCCACAGAGGAAACAUCUGCAGAUGAGGCUCCAAUUGAUGUGGCUGAGGAGGACACUGCCCAAGCUGCUGCUGUGUUGGAUAAUGAGGAGGGUCAGGGUGAGUCUCCAGCAGAAGCUGUGCCUGCAUCAGAAGAAGCGGUGACAGAGGAGCCACAGACACCUGCCGCAGAAACAACAGUGUCCGAAUCAACAGAGUCAUCAGAACCUACAGAAAUGCCCCCUAGAUUCCUGUUCAAGGUCCAGGUGAUGCACGAUUAUGCUGCCAAUGACACAGAUGAACUAGAGAUGAAGGCGGGCGAUGUGGUGCUAGUAAUCUCCUUCGACAACCCUGAAGAACAGGAUGACGGUUGGCUGAUGGGAAUGAAGCAAGAAGACUGGCAGCAAAACAAAGAAAAGGCCACUAAAGGAGUGUUUCCUGAAAACUUCACCCAGAGGCUGUGAAAGGGAUGGAGGCCUUUGUUUUUUUUUUGUUUUUUUUUUGUCUAUACUCCUAUUGCCUAUAUCUUCUUCCCCAUCUUAUGCCCCAAAACUGUAUCUUCACAAGGACUUUGGCCAUAGAAGCAGAGCUGUGACAGCCCUGGAUGAAAUCAAGCAUUUUGUAAGGUCUGCUACUCUGUGGAUCUUUGCAUUUCUACACGUUUCUGCAAACAUUUAUAUACUCAGAUGUAGCCAUCUCACAGGUCCCAUUAUUUUGUAGAUCUUCUAGAAGGUCCCAGUAAUACUGAGUCAGGCAGACAAAUGAUUGACCUAUGCAAUGGCUACAACUGGUCUCGGUCAUGUCUCAUCGUAAAAGAGGGAGAUCCAUUAUGAUGGCUAAAAAAAUGAAAAAAUCUUGGAUUGAUGCAAAGUGUAGCAGAGUACCCAAAUAUACAAAUAAGCCCUUAAAACUGCUUUAUAAAAGCAGAUCUGCUGACAAAACAAGAAAAUACUCAAAUGAAUGACACUACAGAGAGAAAUAGAAGGAAACAUUAACACUCUUAAAACUUCUUACCACAAUCUAGCAUGCAGAAUUCACAUCAGUAACUUUGCAACAGUAAUUAUAAAUGAUAAAUAUAAAAGGAUCUGAGCUUAAUUGCCCAGGCAGUUCUAAUCUAAAAAUACUGAAGAACUAAGACUGGUGACUGGUGACACAUUGCCUUCAGGACAUAUCCAGGCUAUUCUUUGAUCCCUACUUGUAUUGUUGAGUUGUCGAGAAUGGGCCCCUGGUUGUUGUGUUAGUUUAGAGUCUGUGGUGGAAAAAGUAGUAUACCCUGUUAGGUAAUAUCCAAAAUAAGGCAUGUACGGAGAAAUAGUCUCCAGAAAGGACCAAAAUUAGAAUUGACAGCAGGAAUACAAAAUGAAAAAAAAUUGGUCACAAAGUCUAAAAGGGUACAAAGAAAAUGUGACCAUUCUUAUAAUUAGUUAACAUGAUUCUUUUUCUCAAAGUUAUAUGGAGCUGUGUGAAAUCGUCUUUAUUUUCGCCCUCAAAUGAUUCCUGAUAUGCAUAAGCCAAGCUUGCUGUAAAGCUAGCAAACAUUACUGAGAAGCUGCUACUGGUAGUCUAAUAGUAAAAACCCUAACACUAAUCAAAUAUAUAACUUAGCCAGCCUCAUUCAUUAUAACAAGAAAAAAAACGUGUCCAGAAUAGUUUCCUCCAUUUGCACGGAGACCAGUGAGCUCCAAUGCAGAUUAUACAAAAUAUGCACCAGAGCAACUUCUUUUAUUUUUGUAUUCCGCCAAGCAAUGAUUACAUAAAGCCUGUUGUAACUAUGUGGACAUAAUUGUCAACUGAGGAUAUUGCAGAGUAUUUUGUACUUCUGUAAAGUUUACUGCUCUAAACGUAGCUGCGUAGUUUGAACUAACCCAGUCAUUCAUUCAGUCACUGACACAAAAUAUUCAUGAUUCUCAUGGAGUUAUUAAUGUGUAAGGAGCAUGUGAGAAAAUGUGUGUGAAUGUGUGUGCGUGUGUAUCUGUAUGUGUGUUUAUGCAAAGUUUGAGAAAUCUUUAUCUAUAGGCUAUUGUUAUUGGAUGAUACCGCCACCUAUCAUGGGUUUAGGGUUGUCCUCUUCGGGAAGUUUUUGUGAUGGUCCAGGACCAGUUUAAACAUUUAGGGUCUUUUUUCCACUGGCUGGUAUUAUGGUUCCAGGUGUUAUUGUGCAUUUGUUGUGUAUAAGUGUAAUUUUGCCAAGCUGUGAUGACAGAUACAUAUUCUAUGAAGACAUUCAUAUCUGUAUGUGAGUUACUGUGAGCAUGCUGAUUUUCCAUGUGCUGUUGUGUGAACACCCUUAAUUCGAGACAGUGAUACUUGGAUCACUUUUGAGGCAGUUUAAAUUUACCACGUCUUUUUCUUUGACAACACUUGUUUGUUUGUUUUUUCUGGGUUAUUUUUUAUGAGAGGGAUGGGUCGAACAGUCAUGUUUGUUUGUUUUCUCGCUAUUUUAGUCUUUGUUUUAAAUUUGUCAUGAUUAAACUGAUGAUUUUCCAUCUGCCGGGCCUCAAAAUGUUGCAAGGUAUCGUGGUCCAAACAGUUAAUCUAGAGGAGGCAAGACUCAUAGAGAUACUUUUAAAGCCACCAGACUCAGGUGCAAAGUUUUUCUAAUGAUUUUCAGUAUUUUAGCCACUUUGGAUGUGCAUUCAUUUUUUGCAUUUGUAUUUAAAAACAUCUCUUUUGAGAGUUAACGUCUGCACAUUUGAAAGAACCAAUCAUCCUCACAUUUUGUUUUAAACUUUUAUGCGUAAAUUGGAGUGUUUUACCUGGGUCUGGUUCAGUAAACAUCUUUAUGGAUCAGUCUCCUGCGGUAAUCUAUGGGACGUGACGAAAAAGGCUUUCCCUGUAACUAACUGACCAAUAAUAAUAAAGAUGA